ACAUAGUCGUUCAGUUCAUACUGUAGAUAUAGAAAUACUACUACGAGAAUUAGUUUAAAAAAUGUCACAUCUAGGCGCUUUCCGAAGAGAGUUAGCCGCCGUUAUACAAAUAUUUGUUGAGGCAGCUGUUACUGAAAUAGGCAAGUAUGUGGUCGGAAACGUUACAUGCAAAGGGAUGCCUGGCUUUGAAGUCAAAAAAGAGGCAAGUCAUUCAUCAUCAUCCGAAGUGGAGUCGGACAAUGAGAAACUCACAAAGUUCCUGUUGUCGAUUUUGGAAAGGCUAUCCAGAGAUGCCAUGGACAAAAUCAUCAUUCUAAUGCAGGAGGUGUGUGCCAUGCUACAGUUGGAAACAAGGGAUUGUCAGAUAAAAUAUGAAGCCCUGCGAUCAAAGAUUCUGUCACUGGUAGGCACGCCAGAAUAUAUAACAUGUUGCCCUGAAGGACUACAUGGAAACAAAUCUACUGUCAAAUCAUGCAACUCUGAUGUCCAAGUUAGUGGACUGACAUUGGGUACGUGCCAGACAGUAUCUAGUGAUAAAGGUCUGCUGGAUGUUUUAGACACAUUUUCAGAUAACAUGAAAACGACUGAGCUGUCUAAUGAGAAAACCUCCCAGCACCUGAGCAAUGUGUCCAGGACCAACACUGCAGAAGCUGCACCAACACUGGAAUACACUGAAAAUAAGCUUAACACUCCCCAUGCAAUUGUUGGAAACCAGCAUAGACAGGAUGAGGACACUCCAUCUGUAAACCGCAAGAGCCAGCGCUCAAGAGGUCGUGGAAGGGUCUGGAAGUUCGGCCCUGUCGAACCAGCGCUGACCUUCAGCUGUAGCCACUGCGGAAAGGCGUUUAGCAAGCGGAGCAAUCUGAAAGCCCACCAGGUGGUCCACACGGGCGAGAAGCCCUUCAAGUGCAAGCAGUGCGGGAAGGGCUUCACCACUCGCUGCAGCCUCAACGUCCACCAACUCACCGUGCACAAGGGCGAGCGGCGCUUCAAGUGCGCCUACUGCAGCAAAAUCUUUGGCACGCAGAGUCACCUGAAGGAACACCAGGUGGUGUUUGACGGGGAGAGCACUUCCAAUUGCACCCUCUGUGGGGUCAGUUUUCCAGCCAAGUGCAGCCUGAAGCUUCACUGGAGGACCGAUCACAAAGGAGAGAAGAGGUUCGGGUGCAGACUGUGUGGGAUGGUUUUCCCCAAGGUGAAGGAGUUGCGGACCCACCAGGUCAUUCAUACGGGAAAGAGGCCCCACACCUGUGGCACCUGUGGCAAGAGCUUUACGGCUCGCCGUAGCUUAAAUGUGCACUUGCUCACCAUUCACAAAGGAGAAAAGCCGUUCAGGUGUGACGUGUGUGGGAAAUGCUUUAGCCAAAAAAGUGGGCUCAAAUCGCAUCAGCGUGUCCACACGGGCGAGAGGCCAUACACCUGCGAGAAGUGUGGCCGGAGCUUUAGUAUGAAAAGCGCUUUCAACACUCAUCAAAGGGUUCAUACGGGCGAGAAAGCCUUCAGCUGUGAGAUCUGCGGCAAGUGCUUCAGCAUCGGGGCCAACCUGGUGCGGCACCAGCAGAUCCACACGGGCGCCAAGGCCUACAGCUGCGACGUGUGCCAGAGGCGCUUCACGCAGUCGGGGCACCUGCGCGCGCACCGCCGCCUCCACACCGGCGAGAAGGGCUUCAUCUGCGACACGUGCGGCAACAGCUACAACCAGCUGCACACGCUCAAGGUCCACCAGCGGAUCCACAGCGGCGAGAAGCCGUACACGUGCCCGACGUGCGGCAAGAGCUUCCGCUCGCCCAACUACCUCAAGCGGCACCAGCUGACCCACACCGAUGCCGGCGCUGCGCGGCCGCACGCCUGCGAGGACUGCGGCAAGCAGUUCUACACGCCCGGCGCGCUCAAGGCCCACGGGCAGGUGCACCGGCCCACCAAGCCGUUCACAUGCGACGUCUGCGGCCAAGGCUACAGCUCCCUCAGCUACUUCAACAUGCACAGGCUGGUGCACAGCGAGGGCAAGCCCUUCGACUGCCCCACGUGCGGCAAGAGCUUCAUCACGCAGGGCAGCCUGGAGACCCACCAGCGCGUGCACACGGGCGAGCGGCCGCACAGCUGUGGCGUGUGCGGCAGGAGCUUCACCGUGGCGCAGAACCUCAGCCGCCACAUGCGGGUGCACACGGGGGAAAAGCCGUUCGCAUGCGACCAGUGCGGUAAGCGCUUCACGCAAGCCAACAACCUCAAGGCUCACCUACUGGUCCACACGGGCGAGAAGCGCUUUAGCUGUGACCGCUGCGGAAAGAGCUUUGCCUCUCAAAGGACUCUGACGUAUCACAAGUGUGCCGGUGACAUAAAGGCUGUUUCACUGCAAUAGUGAUUAUUGCAAGUCCUUGCUUGUUGUUUCUGUGGGUGAGCCGAAGUUAGUACAUAAACUUGUCUGAUAAUGAGGUCUUUUUUCAAGCAAGAUAUUUCAUUGUAAUCAACAGUAUCACAUAAUAUUUUCUCUGUAUUAGACAAUCAACCACCUGCUAAGAUACUAUAUGAGAUGAUUUAAUUAAUGAAUAAGGCAUAAGCCUACUCUUUAAAAUAAGAGUACGCUAUAUGGUUCCGAUGCAGUUGUUUGCAAAAACAUAAAUGCUAAUGUAUUUUCUUAAUACCGAAAGCAGGCAGAGUUUUUGGACUGCAACUAGGGAUAGGCAAACUGGAGGGGCUUUGCUGGGUGAUCAGUUUCAUCCAGAAUAAUCCUGUCUGUGACAAGCUGAAGCUUUUGAAAAAAAAAAAGGACACUCAAUACAGCCUGUGACUCAAGAUUUGGACAUGUGUGACCAUCAACCGUCAACAGUUAUUUAUUUAUAAUAAGUUGAUGUCACUUUGUCAAUUUACUUUGGAUUAUAAGAUUUUACAUGUAAGAAUACACUGUAUUCUAUUAUUACUACUAUUCCCUGUGGAGGCAAUAAAGUCACAGUGUUAUUA